AUGCAUUUUUACUCUUUUAUCCUUCUAGCAUUAUCUACCCCCAUCCAUGCCGCAGCAGGUGAUGGGAAUUGGAAUGCGGCAUAUACCAAAGCUAAAACAGCUUUGGCCAAACUUACAAAUGCGAACAAGGUUACGCUAGUUACAGGCGUUGGAUGGGAGAAGGGGCCUUGCGUUGGCAAUACUGCUGCUAUUCCUUCGAUUGGAUGGCCGGCUUUUUGUUUACAAGAUGGUCCUUUGGGAGUUCGAUAUGCUCAAAAAGCAACCGCGUUUCCUGCUGGAAUUACGACAGGUAGCACGUGGGAUACAGAGUUGAUGUAUGCGAGGGGUAAUGCUCUAGGGGCCGAAGCCAAAGCACUCGGUGUUCAUAAUCAGCUAGGUCCUGUGGCUGGACCUUUGGGGAAGAUUCCAGUGGGGGGGAGGAAUUGGGAAGGGUUUAGUAAUGAUCCUUAUCUUUCCGGUGUUGCCAUGGCGAAUACGGUAGAGGGCAUGCAAGCAGCAGGUGUCCAAGCAUGUGCAAAACAUUACCUUGGGAAUGAACAGGAAUUGAAUCGAGGAACAAUGAGUUCGAACAUUAUCGAUAGAGUUAACCACGAAUUGUAUCUUUGGCCCUUCGCGGAAGCAGUGAAUGCAAACGUUGCAUCGGUGAUGUGUUCAUACAACAGGUUUAACAGCUCGUACGCUUGUGAAAACCAAGCUUUACUUACGGGAUUGUUGAAAAACGAGUUGGACUUUCAAGGUUAUGUUGUUAGUGAUUGGGCAGCGCAGAAAACUACUACGGGUAGCGCAAAUGCAGGAAUGGAUAUGGCGAUGCCAGGAGACAAUUUUGGCGACAAUAAUUUCAUAUGGGGAACUAAUCUUCUCAAUGCCGUUAACGCCGGCACAGUCCCCCAAACCCGUCUUGACGACAUGGCCACUCGUAUUCUAGCCUCCUGGUAUUAUCUCGGUCAAGAUACAAACUAUCCCGUUGUAAGCGGCUGGAGUUCCUGGAAUGGUGGAGUUGGCGGUCCCAAUGUUUCUUCAACCCAUAAUACUGUUGCUCGAGCUGUUGCUCGUGAUGGCAUUGUUCUUUUGAAGAAUACCAAUAAUGCAUUGCCGCUGAAGAAACCGGCCAGUCUAGCAUUGAUUGGUCAGGAUGCGAUUGUCAAUCCAGCCGGCGCGAAUGCAUGUACAGAUAGGGGCUGUGAUACGGGAACUUUAGCUAUGGGUUGGGGUUCAGGAACAGCCAACUUCCCAUAUUUAGUGGCACCAUAUGAUGCACUCAAAGUCAAGGCCGCUGCAGAUGGCACGACCUUGACUCUUUCAAAUACAGAUUCAACAUCAACAGGAGCUUCGGUGGCAAGCGCUGCCGCUACAGCCAUUGUGUUUAUCAAUUCCGACGCAGGCGAAGAAUAUAUAACUGUUGAGGGAGCCAAAGGCGACCGCAUAAAUCUCGAUCCCUGGCACUCAGGCAACGCACUCGUCGCGGCCGUUGCGGCCGUAAACAAAAACACAAUCGUAGUAAUCCACAGCGUCGGGCCCCUCAUACUCGAAAGCAUCCUCGCGCUCCCUAACGUCAUCGCAAUCGUCUGGGCCGGUCUCCCUGGUCAAGAAUCCGGAAACGCGCUCGUGGAUAUCCUAUACGGCUCCGUGUCUCCCUCCGGAAAACUCCCGUACACAAUCGCCAAGACGCAAGCGGAUUAUGGCACUGCCAUUGCGAGUGGCGAUGAUAGUUAUGCCGAGGGAUUGUUUAUCGAUUACAGACAUUUCGAUCAGAGUUCCAUCGUGCCGCGAUAUGAAUUUGGGUUUGGACUGAGCUAUACUUCAUUUUCAUAUGCGAAUCUCGUUCUCUCGUCGAUUUCUACGACGCCUGGAAGUAGCGCUCUUCUGCCGGGAGGAAAAGCCAAUCUCUACGAUGCCAUCGCUACAGUCUCGGUAUCGGUCACCAAUAACGGCACGGUUUCCGGCGCCGAAGUAGCACAGCUCUACAUUGGAUUCCCGAGCUCGGUUGCAAACACUCCCCCGAAACAACUCCGCGGGUUCAAGAAAACCAAUCUCGCAGCGGGUGUCACGAACAGUAUCACAUUCUCGCUCCGCAGAAAAGAUUUGAGUUACUGGGAUACGACGACGCAGUCGUGGAUCCUCCCCGCCGGAACAUUCAACGUGUAUGUGGGAAGUAGUAGUCGGGAUAUCCGGUUGAGCGGGACCCUUUCGAGUUCUGGCGCUGGGACCAGUACCGGUGCGGGUUCAACUUCUACUUCCAGUGCAGGUGCGUCGACUUCUUUAUCGACUACUUCUCUGACCUCGACGACCACACCGACUCUCACGACGAAAACUAGCUCGAGUAGUAUCGCGAGCACGACGACGUCUUCUGCGGCUGGGCCUCAGCAAACGCUCUAUGGACAGUGUGGAGGAACGGGGUAUACAGGACCGACCGCUUGCGCGAGUGGGAGUUGUAAAGUUAGUAAUGCUUAUUACAGUCAAUGUUUACCUUGA